UAAGAAUAAAGACACAACACUCAAACACUCAACAGUGCAGUGACUAAUAAUUUCAGGAAUUUAUUAUUUCUAAUCAAUUUAAAAAUCAUUUUAACAAUAGUUCUUCAAAUCAUUUUUGCAUCUAAAAUAGUUUUAGCUUUUCAACUGAUUCUUUGUGAUAUUUCAGUGUGGUAUUAAGGACUGUAAAAAAUAAAACAGCGUUAUGAAUGUUCCGUGACGAUACAACAUUAUUUGUGUAUUUCCUUCAGUGAGAUAAGAACAACGUUACAAGAUAACUUGAAGGACUUCUAUCCAAUGGAUUGCCUCAUUAAUGGAGAAUAAGUUAUAAACUAGCAUGGGAUAUGGUAUCAUUGGUGUAAUAUGAACUGAAAAAAGUCACAAUGACUGAGAGUGUACCAGUUUUAACUACACCAAUUUCUUUAUCAACAUACCAUCAACUUAGUCUCACAGUUGAAUCAGCAAACAUAAAAAAUUCUGGACUUUUUAAACCAAAUCCAUAUUUACAAGUAAUAAUUGAUGAUAAGAUUUCAAGACGUACAGAAGUCAUAAAAAGUACUUUGCACCCAAAAUGGAAAGAAGAUCUUACAGUGCUUGUUACACCUCAAUCACAGUUGUUGUUCCGGCUGGCAGACUAUCAUAGCUUCAGAAAAGAUAACAUUAUUGGAGAAAAAAGAGUUAAUUUAUUGAAAGUUUUGUUAUACUGCAAUGGAAAAUGUGAUAAUGUGGAGCUGAAUAUAGAUUUGAUGAAAACAGUGUCCCAAGAAAACUCUUCCAGUGUAAGUGGAGAAGUAAAAGCAGCUGAACUAGUGAUACUUCUCGAUGGCUUAAGAGUUGAUCCAUCUGUUCUGAGUCAGUCACACGAGAUACUUGGAGAGUCUACGAACAGUAGUGGUCCUCUUAAUGAUGGAGUUAGAGCAAGGAUAAGGGUGCGGAGCAAUGCCGAGUCUGCAAUGAGAUCAGUGGUUCGCGCUCAAACUUUACGACCUCCUCCGGGUCCGCCUCCGCUGAGCAAUGGCACGGUGCAGCACGGCGGGGCGCUGGGCGCGGCGGUGGCGGGGCCGGCGAGCGGGGCGGGCGCGGCGCCCGACAGUGGCGCGGGCCCAUCGCACGCCGAAGCGGACUCGACCACCCCGGGACAUGCUGUCCUCUAUGCGAACCCCGCCGAAGAGCCUCUGCCCGCCGGCUGGGAGAUGCGAUACGACGUGUACGGCCGCAGGUACUACGUGGACCACAACACGCGGUCGACGUCGUGGGAACGGCCGCAGCCGCUGCCGCCGGGCUGGGAGGUGCGGCGCGACGGGCGCGGGCGCGUGUACUACGUGGACCACAACACGCGCACCACCACGUGGCAGCGCCCCGACACCGAGCGCCUGGCGCGCUUCCAGCACUGGCGCGGCGAGCGCCGCCACGUGGUCGCGCAGGGCAACCAGCGCUUCCUCUACCCGCCGCCGCAGCCGCCGCACCAGCCCGACUCCGAGCACGACCUCUCCGCCGCCGGAAGUGGCGCAGUGGCGGGCACGAGCGUGGCGCAGGAGGCGCCGCCCGCCAGCGCCGGCAGCGCGGCCGCGCCCGACGACUCGCUGGGCGCGCUGCCGGCGGGCUGGGAGCGUCGCGUGCAGCCCGACGGACGCGUCUACUACGUCAACCACAAGAACCGCACCACGCAGUGGGAGGACCCCCGGACACAGGGUCAAGAGAUGAGCGCUCUGGAGGAGGCGCUGCCGCCGGGCUGGGAGAUCAGGUUCACGGAGGAGGGCACGCGCUACUUCGUGGACCACAACACGCGCAGCACGACGUUCCAGGACCCGCGGCCGGGCGCGCCGAAGGGGCCGCAGGGCGCCUACGGCGUGCCGCGCGCCUACGAGCGCUCCUUCCGCUGGAAGCUCAGCCAGUUCCGCUAUCUGUGCCAGAGCAACGCCCUGCCCAGUCAUAUUAAAAUAACGUUGUCGCGACAGUCGCUUUUCGAGGAUUCUUAUCAUCAGAUAAUGAGGUUGCCUGCGUACGAGUUGCGCAGACGACUGUACAUAAUAUUCCGCGGAGAAGAGGGGCUAGAUUAUGGUGGUGUGAGUCGAGAGUGGUUCUUCUUACUGUCACACGAAGUCCUAAACCCCAUGUACUGCCUCUUCGAGUAUGCUAACAAGAACAACUACAGCCUACAAAUUAACCCAGCCAGUUACGUAAAUCCAGAUCACCUCCUUUAUUUCAAGUUCAUAGGCAGAUUUAUAGCAAUGGCAUUGUAUCACGGUAGAUUUAUUUAUUCAGGAUUCACAAUGCCCUUUUAUAAAAGAAUGUUAAACAAAAAACUGACCAUGAAAGACAUCGAGUCUAUAGAUCCGGAAUUUUACAAUUCUCUGGUUUGGAUCAAAGAUAAUAAUAUAGACGAAUGCGGCCUAGAGAUGUGGUUCAGCGUAGACUUCGAAGUGCUAGGCCAAGUCAUACACCACGAGCUCAAACCAUCCGGCGAUAAGGAACGUGUUACCGAGACAAACAAGGAGCAGUACCUUCAGUUAGUCACUCAGUGGCGAAUGACUAGAGGCAUAGAAGAACAAACCUCAGCAUUCCUGGAUGGAUUUAAUGAGGUGGUACCUCUAGAGUGGCUCAAAUAUUUCGACGAGCGCGAGUUGGAGCUGAUGCUGUGCGGCAUGCAGGAGGUCGACGUAGACGAUUGGCAACGAAAUACUAUUUACCGACAUUACACUCGUACAAGCAAGCAAGUCCUUUGGUUUUGGCAGUUUGUCCGUCAAAUGGAUAACGAAAAGCGCGCAAGAUUACUACAGUUUGUAACCGGCACCUGUCGAGUUCCUGUGGGUGGAUUUGCCGAACUUAUGGGAUCGAAUGGUCCACAGAGAUUUUGCAUAGAAAAGGUUGGAAAAGAUACUUGGUUACCCCGGUCGCAUACAUGCUUCAAUCGACUCGACUUACCGCCAUACAAGAGCUAUGAGCAAUUAUGUGAAAAACUGAACUUUGCUAUUGAAGAAACUGAAGGCUUUGGGCAGGAAUAAUGUAUUGUUAUAUAAUAUUACUAGAAUCAUUAAAAUAGUUAUUGUAAAUUAUUAUUAUAUGCACGCACCACCUCAAUGUGAGGAAUAAUCACCAAUGGAAUUGGUGCUGUCAUAAAAAGACCAACCAAAUAAUUAUAUGAAUAUAUUUGUAUUAAAUUACUUCUAUGAUAAAACUAUGUAGAUAUUGUUAGUGUAAUAUGUCGGUUGUUUAAGAAAUAUUUGUUUGAACUACAUUAAAAACAAGGUUCUUCUAAAGGUUCAUUAAAUAAUUUUUAAACAGUG